UGGUUAGCGUAGCCGCUCUCUAGCUCUCUAGCAAGGACGAAAGAGAGGCGGGACUUGGCGAUGGUUUUCUUCUUGUUUUGGGCCGCCGUGUUUCUGGGAGCUGUCUCCCCGCAGCGCGCGACGCCACCACUUCAAGAUCUCUUCUCCGGCGAGCGCCCUGCCCAGCGGCUGAUCUACUCUUACAGCAGUACGGCCAGCAUCUCCCGCGGAAUCCGCGCCAACCUCUCCGCCGAUGUAGCGGUUAGUGUGUGUAACGGAGAAGGGCUUGCAAGCCAAGAGCUCCAUAUCAAUGUGACUGGAGCACAGCUGACAUGGACAACAGCUAAUGAUGAGUCAACAGUUGAUGAAAAUCCUAUAGGAGACCUUACUAACUGGUUCUCUGCAGUUAGAGAGGAGGAUGGGAGUGUGUCUGGUGUACUCUACCCACCUAAUGAGCAUCUUGAGGUCCUGGCCUUCAAGAAAUCGCUUGCAGGACUUUUUUCAAUCGAUGUCAGCUCCAGCAGCUGGACUGAAGCUGGGUCUAGUCUAGUGCUAGUCCAGGAAGUUGAGGGGCAAGGUGUUGGUGGGUUAACCAGAAAAACCACUGCCAUUGACAGAGAGAGUGGAGUCGUGACUAAAGCUUCUCUCUCAGGAAUCGGCGGAACAGUGCUAGGCCAAGAGGUAGGGUCGAGCUCAGAGCUCAGACUUCUCCCAGACCACUCAUCUCCCGCACCCAAUUGUGACAGACCCAAUAGUCUCACUCACGACGACCUCACCAUUACAUCAUUGACGAAGGAGCACACUUCUCUUGAAGCAGUGUUGCCAGGGCUAAGCUGUGCCCCUUUUGACGAUGACUGUGCCAAUCGAAUUGAAGAAAGUAUUCGUCAUCUCUCUGAUGAUGACAUUUCAACCUUAAUCCUGGAGUAUAUGGAUGAGGGUUCGGACGCGUUCUCUCUCCCUCAAGCCCUGUUGCUGCUGACUGCUGUCUCCACCUCUUCCCCCUCACUCCUCACCACCCACACCCUCACCACUCUCCUCCUCCCCCCUCCCCCUCACACCCUCCCACAACAACAAAUAGUCUCAAAACUGCUCUUCUACCUCACAACAUCUCUUCCAGUUGACAAUGAUGUUGUUGAGAGGGUGUGGUCUCUGGUGAGGGAUCAUGAUGAUGUCAGCCUAUCACCAAAGGCUCUGCUGGCUCUGGGGGCCAUGGCUAAGAGAGUAAGACCCUCUAAUCCGGACCUCGCUACUCAGAUUGUGUCCGAUCUUCACCAUCUCCUUGAGGCACAUACCGGCUACCCUAUGCCUCUCACUCUUCACAAGCACAGACGUUCUGCGAUCCCCUCUCUCCCAUCCUCACUCCCCUACUCCUCCCUACAUGCUCUACUGCUAGAUUGCCUCGCUAACGCAGGGGCAGAGGAAUCGUUCCCCACACUCCAACACCACACCAUAUUUGGGUCUCUAUCAGUGCAGCAUGCAGCGUUAGAUCAAUGGGAGUCUAUGACACAGACGAUAGUGCAGAGGUUCUCCUAUCCAUCGCUGACCCUACAAUUAGUGGCAAUAGUGGAGCUCACCAUUCUUCACUUGUGCGAGCAGCUCGCUCAGUCUAUGAAACCCACUCGCGUAGGAAAAGAGAUCUUUCUGACCUCAUGGAACCACACAGUGACGAGGCCAAUUCUCGUGAAAGGAGAGAAUCUGGAUAUGAUGGUGAUGUAAUGAUGAACGUUACCAUGCCAACUGUGGGGUGGAAUCGGCAGUUUGGUGACAGGAACAUAAGUGUUGAUCUCCGCAGAACCCUCGCAAACUCUUUUAUUCUUGACACCUCUGAUCAAUCGUCAAAGUACCACUUUUCCCUUCACGACGAGACUGUUGUCUCCUCACAUCUGGCCUUGUCCAGUGCAAACCAAGACUCUGAUUUUGAGAUGAUGAGAACCCAGCUCUGCCUCGAGGGAACGGCCACUUACGACACUGUCAACAUCAUCACUGGUUCGACCCCGGAGAGGAUCUAUAGACAGUAUGAGUUGUAUAUGGAGGAGUCAACUGGACUAGUGGAAGCAUUUGAGGCUGCAUAUGACCAGAUUUUGUCGUCAAAUUCGGCUUACGACGGGAAACGAGAUGUCUUGAUCGCCGAGCUGGACGACCUGAUAAACGUCCAUUUCGAGGAUCUGGUCUCCCAGUCUGACAUUGCAGUGUCCCAGUUGGAAGCAAUAGCUGGUGACUUCCACCUGAAGACUGUGGCAAGGGACCUCCUCUCUACACUCUCAGCUACCAUUGCCACCAGCAGAGACUCAGCAGUCGCUGCUAGAGAUGAUAUUGUGGGUGCUGCGGCUGAUGCUCUGCCAUCCACCUCUCAGAGACUGAGUCAUGCACUAUUGGUGGACGGACAGCCUUUCAUCACUCACUCUUUCCACGUCCCCUACCUUCCCUUUGCCCCUCAGAAGGCACUAGUCAACAUAUUCGAUGUCUACCUGAGUGCACAUGAAGCUUAUGCGGAAUUGGAAGUUGCUACGAAGGCAGUGGUCGACCUAACAAGUCCAAAUGGUCCUAACCAUCACUGGCUCGCACCUUCAAUUAGAGAUUUAUCAGACAACCUCGCCACACUUACAAAUGACAUCAUCAAAGCCAUUAAUGAAAUUCCGCAAGAGGGUUCCCAUGGCCCCCAACUUGACGAACUAAACGAGUUGUAUGAUUUGGUUAACUUCGACCUCCAAGAGAUGAUGAACUCCUUUGUGGGUGUGGUCAAUGAUGUCAUCGCUCAGUCCUCGGACCUAUCUGCACUGCUAGACGAAAGCAGACAGGCUUUUUCGACCUUUACUCUCUCGUAUGACACUGCUCGGAGUAGGGUCGAUGCCAUACUGGGCCAGAAAUUCCAUCCCCAGUUUCCACGGCAACGGAGGUCAUGUGAUCACGUGAGGGGGUGUGGCAGUUACCCGACCACUUCCGAGGGUGACUACGGGGAAGGUGUUGCCUUGGUGACUAGUGACGGAGAACAGGUUGUGGCGCCACUCUCCGGCUACUACAGUCUUUCAUCGUCAUCUUCAUCAGUCAUCAAUCUUUCCCCCGCGGAGACCUCUUACCACGACCUCUCCUUUACUCUCCACCACAUUCAACCCACAAUUACCCUCACCGAGACCCCAAUUUUCAUCAGAGGGGGCGACCCCCUGGGAAUAUUGACUGCGGAACCCCCACCGAGCAAUACGGAUGAUGAGUACUAUAUUCACCUUGAAACUCACAAGAAGAUUGGAAAUGAGACGCACGCGCUAGAUCCCACACAGUUUCUCCAGCCUAUACCGAGACCGUCGGUGGCUCUGAGCUACGAGUGUAACGACCUGGUCACCUAUAUCGGUGGUAGUGUGGUGGACAGACACAGUAUCUCUCCUACCUCGCCGCUAGUGGUGGAGUAUGGGGAGGUUUUGGUAGAGGAUACGAUACCUGAACAUGAGUUUCAGAGACCGGUGGAACACACCCUCCAUGCCCAGGGAACUAUACUCUCUGGGGCAUCAGUGGAACUGUUGGCUUCCAGUACUUUUAUCAUGGUCGGACCCAUCCCCGUGCAGUUUGAUUUCAGAGCAGUAGGUGACUAUCAACUGGACUAUUCUCUGGAUUUCUCCCUGCUGUCUAACCAGGCGACGGUCUCCAUCACACCGUCUCUCGCGUCUCGGGCCCACGGUUUCGUGAGGACCUCGGGGCUACAGUAUGCCACAGUCAGUCUCGAUGGCAGUGUUCUGGAAGCUUCUCUGCCACUGAACCUAUGGCAAGACUUUCAGACGUGGCCACUCACUGCAAGUUCCCAGAUGGACUUGGUCCUCUCUCCCACCUCUCUCUCCCUCACUGCCCAAUUGGCUCAAAUGACAGGGGCAGGGGAAUUUGCCACGGAGGAGAUACUCCAAACAGACACUCUCUGGUACUACAGCAUUCCUUCAUUCAACCGAGACGAGUUUUAUUACAAGGGUUCCCUCGUUGAUGAGUCUCCACCAAACUUCACUCCACUCCCUUAUUCUGACUCUGACUGCUAUGUUCGUCAGCUACCAGUCGGAGAUUUCCAAAAUCCCCUCUUUGAGAUUGAAUUCACGGUGACGGAACCACAGGGAUUCAUCACCACGUCUUAUCAACUGGGGACAGCCCCCAGGACCAACGACAUCAUCGAAAUAUCUGAGAUUUCCGGGAGGAGGAUUGUGGUACCUCACCGACUGGUUCCAGCCAGCCCGAUACAUGUCACAGUUGUUGCUACUAAUCUCAAUGGAGAUGAAUCAUUUGCAAUGUGUAGUCUACCAUCGUACGAUAGGUCUCCACCUCUGGCCAGGAUUAACCCAAUCAGACUCCACUCCAGCCACCCCAGCAAGAUCUCCGCUCUUUUUACACUCUUUGAUGAGUUUGGGCUGGACACGCCCAUCCAGGUUGCCAUAGGAACGGUCCCCGGGGAUUACGGGAGUGACGUCAUGGACUGGUCGGACUUUGACCUCUCUGGAAUCUUCACUCCGCCAACCAGUGAUGGAAAUCUCACUCAAUUCAGUUUCAAGAGAGUUGGUCGACUUCUCCCAGAGAUCUCCAAAGUCACUCGUCACAUCUCCACACCCUCACAGUGUGCAGGGGAGUGCCUCUCGUCCCCGGACUGUCGUUCAUUUGACUACUCCGCCAUUGAGACCACGUGUAUCCUCCACACGGGGAUACAAGGUCCCACCACUCCCUCUCCACACGUUGAGAACGUAUUCCAGAGCCUACCUCUUCAGACUACCUCCGACUAUGGCCACUAUGAAAGACUUGGUGUUGGCAACUCUACGGUCGUGGAGUUUGAUCAUCUUUCUCUGCAAACUAACAGCCUCUACUACAUAAACAUGCGACUGGUGAAUGGUCUUGGCUACACCAGCGCCAUCAGUUCAGAGCCUUUCCUAGUCGACCUGACUCCACCCUCUCCUGGGUACCUCCAGUCUGCCACUUCUGAUUCUCUGGACACCAUAAAAUGCCAGGAACUGGCGCUGGGAGGGUUGGAUUGCCUUCACAACUCAACUAUAGCAAAUCACAGAGUGAUAGUGGAUGACGCUCAAUCUUCAGUGGUGUUCAAUGGACUUACUCCACUGUUGGAUGCCAUGUUCACAAGUACCAGCAACUAUAUCGCUGCUAACUGGGAUGGACUGGAUGAUCUGCAGAGUGGAAUCUUUGCCUAUCGAUGGUGGGUAGGGUCGGAAUUAGGUAAUGAUGAUGCCGUUCUUCCGACUGAUCCUCACAUGCACCUUAUCGGAGGUCAACGUGCCUGGACUAACACUGGGCUUGCUACUGGUCUUGAUCUAGCAGACGGAAGCUACUAUAUAUCAGUCCAGGCAAUCAGCAGUGUUGAAUAUGGGGGUCCCCUCGUUACUACGAUUCAUCACUCCACUCCAUACAUACUGGAUACAACACCACCUCAGCUGAAUGAUGUCAUAAUCAGUGACUAUGACACGCUAAACAAUCUGCUUCUAUUUUCAUACAAUGCGAGUGAUGAAGGGUCUGGGCUCCGCUCCGUGAGUCUGUCUCUGGGUCGUACAGAGCACGACACUGAGCUGCUUGCCUGGACUGGAGUCGGGACCGCCGGGAAUGGAAUUGUGACUGUCGUCAUCCCUGACGGGGUCGACACAUGGGUGAAACUAAGAGCAACUAACAAUGCUGGUCUAUCAUCAGUGGCAGUAUCAGAGACUGCUAUCCUAGUGGAUCGCUCCGCACCUGUAGUAGGAUCGUACGGUGAUGGAGGCAAUAUUGACUCUGGGGACGUUGAAUUCCAGAGCGGUACUGAUGAGCUGUGUGUCCACGCCACAGGGGUGGCUGACCCCGAGUCAGGCAUCAGCCAGAUCCUCUGGGAAGCAGGUACAUCUCCAGGAGGCAGUGAUACAGUGGCCACCACUGAUGUGACUGAUGCUCUGCUGGGCUCUGGGGCUGUCUGCCGCAGCGGUGGACUCAGUCUUCUUCACAACACCACCUACUACUCCACGCUGUACAUCACCAAUGGGGCCAUCACCAACUACACUACCACACUCUUUACCAAUGUUCGCGUUGAUACGACAAAACCAGUUGGAGGUACAGUCCACACUGGGACAGGCAGUAGAAGAGAUUUGCCCUAUUCCAGUGACAUCACCACUGUAUCUGCCUCAUGGGAAGGAUUCCGCGACUAUGACUCUGGCAUCAGUCUGUAUACUGUCUCUGUGAGUCUCCGGGUGCCCGACAGUGUCGGAUUAUGAAGAGAUGUACACAGAGACUGUUGCUAGCAGUGUUAGUGAAGUCACGUGGACUCACUUUUCAUUUGCCAGCAAUGAUUCCGUCGUUGUUGAAGUCAGGGCUGAAAACGGUGCAGGUCUCAAGACUAGGGUGUCCUCUAACCCCUUAUAGCAUUGAUCUUUCUCCGCCUCACCUGGUGUACCUGGUCAUUGGGUCUACACCUGGUCAAGAUUCAGUCUACCAGUCUGCGAGUGAUCAGUUGACCGUUUCAUGGGACGCUCGUGAUUCAGAAUCCCAAAUAAGCACCGUCGGGAUUUCCGUCUGGGAACUCUCCGAGAGUCGACGCCUCCUCAUCUUCCCCGACCCCUUCGUCAGCGGGCAAUCAACUGUUGUGAUCCCAGACCCAGCAAUCAAUACAUACAAUCUCAGUGACCUGCAUCUGGCCCAUGGAGCCAAAUACGUGGUGGUCCUAGCCCUACAAAACGGAGCUGGACUCAUAUCGGAGUACGAGUCGAGUGGAGUAGUUGUCGAUCUAACUCCACCAGAAGUGGCAAGAGUCCAAGUAGAAGGAGAGCUGAUUUUCAACCAAGACACUGGGUCCCUGGGGUUGGCCGUGGUGGGAAACAGCAGACUGAGCGUUCGCUGGUCAGCUCUCGAUAUCGAAAGCGGAGUGUCCGAGAUUUUUGUGGGAAUUGUGAACGAAAACGAUUCGUCUGUUGGUCCGACGCUGGCCGUAUUCGAAGGGUACAGUACAGGAGGGGUUGUGGAGGGACUUGAUCUUGCCGUGGGUGGCCGGUAUCGCGUGGCAGUCGUUGCUGUUAACAAUGCUGGAUCAGAGAGUGAGACAGUGUACUCCCAAGAGUUCUUGGUUGUGGCAGGUGAUGUGUCUGGUAGAGUUUACGAUGGGGAAGACCCUGCUCUGAUUGACGUUGAUUACACGGACGAGGCAACUGCUGUUACCGUCCACUUUGCUGGGUUCCGGAGCUCUCAGUGUGGUGGACUAUCUCACUUCCAGUGGGCUGUGGGGGAAGGAUGGGAGGGAGAGCAGCGAGAAUCACUGAUGACGUUCACUGACAGAGGAAUAGUGGUAGUAGAUGCAGCUUCUGGGGGAGGUUAUGCACAGGCUUUGUUACCUGAUCUAGCUUCAUAUGGAGCACAUCCUCUCUAUGCCACUGUCAGAGGCACUACUGAUUGCGGGGAUGUCGUAGUCUCAACUUCAGAUGGUUUCAUUGUCGACCCCUCACCCCCCUCCCUUGAGGUCAUCGGCACUGGUGAAAACGCCAUUGAGCGUGCUCAGUCAGUCUACGGUUCAUCAUCGUCUAUCAACCACACGGCAUAUCAGACUACUACGAGUUUUCUCGGCUCUUUGGCAGCUAACAGAUCCUCAAAGUGGGCAAAAAACAAGUGCAGUGGUUCGCAUUGGCUCGUAUCCAGGUGGGGUUGACAUCGUAGUUGGCGAAACCACCGCAGAACACGGCAGUAUUCGUGGGAACCUUGAGUCAGUCGAGGGCCUGCCACACUAUGUGACUGUGACUGGUUACAACAGAGCCGGGAUUCCCACCACUGCCUCAGGCAAGGCUGUUGCUCUAGACACCUCUCCCCCAACACUUGGACAGUUGACGUGUACUGUCACUGGUUUCCCUCCACCUCUCCCCCUCCCUCCCUCCUCUCCCUCCUCCACACCCUCUGUGGUGGAGUGCCAAUGGUCCAAUAUCACUGAUCCUCACAGUGGCAUCUCAGAGUUCACCAUUACCAUACUACACGAGGAUCUCCUUGUCUUCAAUACUACAACAACUGGUACAGAAGCCAGUGUCAAAACCCCACCACUUUACCUCAAUGUCAACUAUAUGUAUGAGGCCACUCUACAGGCAACCAAUGGAGCUGGUCUGGCAAGACUUGUGGAAACAUCAUUUGGUCUAUAUAAUAUUGACACUCUGGAGUACGAAGGAGUAGUGAGUGUAUUGACAAACUAUGGGAGGACAGAGAAUGGCUCUGGAGUGUUGGAGGAACCUGAAUUGCUGGCAAGCAUUGGAGACUAUGUGUGUGUUCUGGAAACUGAUGUUCUGUCAAUUGAGUUCACUACUCCACCAGACAGCCAGAGUAUUGACAGUGACAGUUUUGAAGUUGGUAUUGGGUAUUAUCCUGGCACCGAUGAUCAUCUAGCUUACAACAGCUUCGCUCCCACUCCUCUCGAUAGUGACACAUAUUUCCACACUCUCACUCAAUUUGACGCCCUCUCAGUUGGUCGGAGGCCUGUCUAUGUCACGGUGCAAACUCGAUCGUCGGAAAAUCCUCGACAAAUAUUUAAAUUAAGCAGCCCACCUGUUUACAUAAAGUCGGACAUCAACGAAUGGGACAGCUGGUUGGUGGACGGUACUGACCCGUACACCAAUGUAGAGUUUCAGAUAUCGACAACUGAAAUUGCUGCACAUCUUAACGUUGGUUCUCACUGCCCAAUAUCGCAUGUACGAUGGUCAAUUGAAGACGCCAGUGGUACUAUUGUAAAAGACUACCUCGAGCUUGAGAUACCAACCCACGAUGAAAGAGAAGUGAAGAACCAAUUUUCUCUGUUUACCGACCAGGUUCAACUGUAUAAUGAGGAGACAUAUCGUGUGCUAGUCCAGGCUAGUGAUGUCACUGGCGAAGUAUUUAUACUUCGGAGUAAUGGAGUGACAGUUACAACUGAUGAGCUUGUCCCGAAUACAGUUUGGGAUGGCCCAAAUCCCAAUGAAGAUUUGAACUAUCAAGAGCCUGCAGACUAUCUAUCAGCACAUUGGGCAGAUUUUGGGGACGGGACGCCUCAGCAGGAGAUAGCUUAUUAUGAAGUUGCAGCGGGAAGCAAUAUGGGACAUCCCAAUACCCGCACCGAUAUUGCCCCGUUUACUAAUGUCGGUUUAAACACCAGUCACACAUUCACAUACCUAGACCUGGUCCCCGAAACUGCACUCUAUUCUGUCACCGUUAGAGCCACUGCUGUAUCCGGAGCUACUGUACAAGCCACUUCCAAUGGUAUUAGAGUUGGUCACACCCACACAAUAUCUCCAGGUGCCAUCUUCUUGACUCCGUUCUCUUCCAGCCCUAGCGAGAUCUCUGUGUUCUGGGACGAGUUUGAAUCAAAUGUUCCAAUCAGGUCGUACGAGUGGGCAGUUGGCGAGGUUUACUUGACUUCUGAACAACUUCAAGAAAUGUGCUCUGAAUAUCUGUCAACAUUUGCUGACUUUUUUGAAGUUUUGCGUUUUACUAGUGUCGGAUUGAGCACUUCGUCGUUUCUCACUGCACAAAACUUUACCCACAAUACAACCUACUUUGUCACAAUUAGAGCCACUGAUGAAGCCAAUAAAUGUUUGACCGUGAUGUCUCCAGGAAUGCUCGUCGACCUAACAGCACCCAUUCCACCACCUGAACCAGUAACUCUGAGUCCACCUGAAUCCCUAAUAGGUCUUUCGCCCUCUUCCCAACAUGUCAUAUCACUGCAGACAGGGCAAGACUUGUCAAUAUGGUGGACUGACUUCACUGACCCAGAGAGCAGUAUUGAAUACUAUGAGGUUGCACUCUUUGCUCAAAGAGAGUGUGGAUCUAAUGAGUCACCCGUCUCAGUCACAGACUAUGUUUACACUGGACUAGAGAAAUUCUUUGUCUUUGAACAGCCAGACUUUGAGCGGGGUGUUGCCUAUGUGGUUGAAGUGAGAGCAACUAAUAAUGCCGGGCUUAGUGAAGGAGUUUACUCAGAGCCCGUUCUGGUUGACUGGGCCGAUGUGGUUCCCGGGACAGUCAAAGACGGUCUAGAUUGGGAAGAUGAUGUCGUGUUUCAGAGCGAUCUGAGCAUGCUCAGUGGAGUUUUCACUCAUGCCAAACUGGCACCUCGGUACACCGACAUGGUGCUCCAAAACGAUCCUUGUCCAAACACGACAUUUUACUCACUCUCGGAAGAAAACACUGCCUGGAAUCAUCUCAGCCCCACCACUAUCAUUGGAAUUGACCCAACUAAGAUCGAUUAUAGUCCAGAUCAAACAAACAUAUCUGCAAAUGGUCUCACAAUUACCGCUCAGCGCAGCAGAGUAGUAACAAUACUGAGUGGGACUUACCAAACGGAAGUUGACUUAUCACGUGGGGGGCUAGUCAACCUCCACAUACAAGCUGCCCUCGGUUCCAGCACUACAGAUAUGGAUCUACAAGACCAAUCCAUCACUUCUGUUGUGUUCAGCGAAACCUCAUCUCCUGAUAUUCUUGCAGACUUUGAGUACGAGAAUCGAGACUCUGGCUUUCCCGACAUCACUGCAUUUGGUCUACAAGUCCACCAUGGGUACAGUGGUACUGUAGAGAAAAAGGUUUUACUAUGGACAAAGUCAGCUAACCCACUGGUACCAGUUUCAUACGUAGCUCACGAACUUUCUGGAUUCGACCUCUCUCGGGUGCACAAGUACACACUCGACUUCCAGUCAGAGCAACUGGACACUGCCACAGAGCACUGGGUGGAUCUUUACAUUGAUGAUGAGUUGACCACAACGCUGCAUUCCAUCCCCGGCUUCUCAAAUACAACGAGUCUCACUCUACACGUUUUCAACCGUGACGGGUUCGUCCCUCAAUUUGACCCAGAUUUCAGUCUACCCCGAGUGGAAGCAGUGUUUGUUAAUGUGACUCUACCUCGUGUUCGAGGACACCGGUGUGACUAUGGUGACCCAUUCUUCAGUCCGUCUUCGCCCAUUGUAGAGUUUCGAGUUGGUGUUGGCUCGUCUCCUGGUCUCACAGACGUUCUAGACUUGCAGUUGCUAUCAACACUGUGUCGACCCUGCGUGCCUGGCCCUUGCUUCAGCUAUGGAUGCAACCCCAACUGUACCUCUCUCGAUCCUCACACCCUCCCCUUCUCCCUCCCCAACCUCACACUCUCCCCCGGUUACCACACCAACCAAUCAGACGCCUCGAGCGGAGAUUUCGAAUUUGAAAACGACAACACCCCCAACACCCUCCUCUCUCUCUUCACGGACCAUUUCCAGCCUUCAAUCUAUUACGUGACAGUUGAAGCUGUCACUGCAUCUGGUCGGUACAUUAGGACCACCUCCAAUGGGGUGACAAUUGAUACAACUCCACCUGAGUCUAUCUCUCCCGUUGAUCAUUUCGACGUGACUUAUUCGAGUGUCCGACCGACGUACUUCCAAGCUAGCAAUGAUACGGUAUCAGUGAGGUGGGCCUUUAGAGACCUCGAGAGUGGGAUUGUCGACUACAAAUGGGGGAUUGGAACGUCUCCAAACACUACUGAUGUACAACCACUCGUUUCGGUUGGUGCUGCAAUCAGUGGUAUUAACAGGGACCUCCUCGGGGUAUUGAUGCACAACGUGACCUAUUACGUGACUGUGGUUGCCACGAAUGGGGCAAGGUUGACUGCAUCAGCCACCAGCGACGGAGUGACUUAUUCCGCGACCGAGCUCAAUGCCACUGCACUUGAAGAGGCAGUGGAGAUCGAGUUCGUUAGGAGACUGAUUGCAGGGGCAGAUAUUGGAGAAGUUCUGGUCGUAGAACAGGGAUAUCGAGCAGCAAUAACAUGGGAGGGGGUAUCAGAGGAUGUAGAGGAUAUUUUCUGGUAUAUAGGGACUGAGCCAGAGGCAGAUGAUGUGCUGCCAAGAACAGAAGUCAGCUUCAAUGAUAGUAGAACAGCUGAAAUUGAUAGGGGCAUCCUCUUUCUCAACGGAGGAGCGUUUGCCAGUGUAUCUGAGCUGAUAACUCGGUCAGAGGGAACAGGUGGUGCAGCAGAGUUUGUGUUGGAGCCAGGGAGACUGGUGUACAACACUCUGCAACUGUGCAACUUUGUCCACCGCUGUGUGGAGGUGCAAACUGCACCAAGUAUACUCAUCCGCCCUGAUGAUGGAGAGCUGUCUGCAGGGGUCGAGAACUCUGACCUAUACAUCACAAUCAGUCAGCUCGGAAGUCAAAGUGCAGAGGUCACUGACAGAGACUACACGGUCACCGUGGCAACAAAUGGAGGUGUCGAGCCAGGCACAGUGAUGGCAGCUGGAUUCCUAUCUCAUUCAGACCUUCACCACAGUUACCGUGCCAUCCUCCCCUACAUUAGCAACCCAUACUCCACCAUGACUCAAACCUCUCCUGAAAUUGCUCGCAGGUUUGCAGUAGUGGCUGGUCCCAGUUUCUUUGUGUCUUUCCUUGGACUAGACACCCUGCGUGGACCACUCGCAAUAAACUCCACAUUUGACCCUUCAUUCAACAGAGAGAGCUUCCUCCUUGAUAUCUUCUACUGGGACAGAAAUCACGAGGUAUGGAGGGAGGUGAAUGCGUCAUGUGGAAUUGCAUCUACCGUCGACUGGAGCAUCUCUACAAUAUCCGCACAGAUGUGCUCGACUGAUGUAGUAGGAACUGAUGAUCAAAUGCGCCGGCGUAGACAGACUGUUGGUAGUGGUAGUGCCAGUGGCAGUGGUGGUGGUGGUACCACUGAGGAACCAUUGUACCUCUCCAGUGGUCCGGUUCAGUUCAUUGUGGUGGGGAUCGGAGACACUUCUGCCAACACGCCACCGCAGCUCCAGCUACCAGGGGACCCACUAUCUGUCGUGGAAGGUUCAAGUCUGUCAGACUAUCAGCUCUGCUAUACUGACAUGGAAGGCGACCAAGUGGAGUUUUAUCUAGCGUCUCCACCGAGACUUGGAAACGUUUCGCUGACUCUGGACGGCUUGCUGUCAUACGCACCCUGCACAUACUGCACUGGAGUUGACAGUUUCCAGAUUUUAAUUGUCGAGAAACCGUUUGGGUUCAACAAUAUCCCGCUCACGGCUAGUGGAGUUCUGGUGGUGGAGAUAGAGAAUGUGAACAACGCACCUCUUCUCUAUGCCUUCGACCCAGCCUCCGAAACAGAGAGCGACAUCACAACUGAUACUGUGCUGAGCGUGGUAGUGGAGGGCAACCGGAGUUCCCCUGUGUCCGUAGCUCAGGUCGUGGCGUUUGAUUCCGACGGAUACUUCGACGACGUUUUCGUCUCCACAAAAGACGGGGAAUUUGGCGAGGCAGGGACUGAAAUCUGGUUGGACGUUGUAAGCGUUUUUGAGUCGCUCCCUGCAACUUUGAUUCCUGACGAAGCGUUUCUUGGCUACGUUUCUUUCAUGGCAGUCAACAUCACCUACUCUCCACCCCCAGAUUUUACGGGCUCUGACACAGUGAGCAUCACGGCCAGAGACACAAACGCCGCUCUGAGUAACAGUAUCACAGUCAACAUUGAGGUCGUCCCUUCGUUUUGUCUGAAUAACGGGGUGUGCAAUGGGAGUGAAUUUGAUCCCACGUGUGCUGAUGUAGGGGCACGUAGAGCGAGCCCCCAAAACUAUAGCUGUCUGUGUCUGGAGGGCUUUGCUGGAACAAACUGUGAACUGGACACACGAACACCUGAACCAGCCGAGACAAGAGAAUGUCCAGAUGGUGUUCCACUAGUAACGUGUUCUGGAGAUCCAUGCACCAAUGCAGUGUGUCCUUCUAACAAAUGAGGCAGUGUGUCGACCAAACUACUGUGGUGGUUGUACUGCAGAGUGGUUUGUGGGUGACACUCUCAUUCAUUGCAAUGCUGAUGAACCGCUGGUGUGCCUGAAGCCCACAGAAGGCCCGGGCUGCUUCCUCUCUGGAAUAACCUCCUGCCAGUGUCCCACACAGCCGUACGCGUGUCCACCCGACUCUAUCUUUGUCGAGACUCGCCACUCUGAGUGCUGUGUCACGUUCGAGUGUCUCUGCCCCGACAUAUCUUGCCCCCUACUGAUGGAGGGGAGUCUGGGGGUCCAACCAAUACCUGAAUACAGAGGAAACAAAUUUCCUGGAAGGUGCUGCCCUCUCUAUUCAUUUGAAGAUAUCAAUGAAUGCGAGAGCAGUGGAGAUAAUGUGUGUUCUGAUGUCUGCAUUAAUCAUAAGGAUGGCUACUCAUGCGAGUGUCCGAGUGACAAGACACUUUCACAGAAUGGACAAAAGUGUGGAGUGUGUCGAUACGAUGGAAGAGAGUAUCUCCUAGGGGACCGGGUGGAAAUUGGAUGCAACUGGUGCUACUGUGAGAGUGAUGGUGUGAGUGGAGAGAGGUGGCGUUGUACCGCCGACCGGUGCGAACCAUCUUGCACACACAGUGGAGCCGUGUAUAGUAUCGGAUUUGCUCUCCCUCUGAACAGAGUCACAUGUCUAUGUGAAACAACCGAUGUUUAUGCCGACUGGAGAUGCGAAGUGGACGGCCUAGUUUAAUACUUUAGAACCGACCUGCAGUGUUAUGUUGUCUGCGCUGAAAUUGCCGAGCUCUUAUGUCAGCGUGCGCACGCGCAACUCAGAGACGC